GAAGAGGAGCAGGAAAGCGAGAGGGCAGGACGCACACUCCCGUCCCUCCUGAGAAGCUGCUGCUCCUCCUCGACCCCCGUCAAUGGCUCUGCUGCUUCCGAAGGAGGGGAAGGCGGUUCAAGCAGCACAGGAGCACCUGCUGGACUCUUCAGAGGGGACGAGGAGGGCAAUUCGGACUAGCAUGCAGGCGCCUGCCCUACUCGCGGGAGGCAGACGCUCCCGCUGCUGAAGGCGCCGCCGGCUCCUGCCCGCUCGUGGGGCUCAGUUCCUUGCCGUGGGGGUGGGGCGCGUGCGUGUGGCAGCCUGAGGGAAGUGCGCGCGUGGGCACUGCUGCUGUCAUCUCGGAUGUGCCCCCAGCCGCCUCUCCACCCCGCUCAGACUCGCUCGCAAGCCCGCCUCCUCCUCCUUCUCGCCACCACUUGGCGCUUUCUCCAUUCUCCCGCGGACUGCCGCCCCUUUCGCACGCUGCCGGCUCCCCUCCGCUCCUGCGCCGCCGCGGCGCUUCAGACGUCUGGGCACCAUGCAGGGCGAAGGGGGCUGAUGCCAAGCGGCGCCCUGCCAGCGUCCGCCCAUCUGCCCGCCGGCGCCGGCACGUUGGGAUACCCAGGAGAGGCUUUGGCAGCCCAGCCCGGCGGCAACGCCGAAGCGACUCCAGCCCAGCCCGGGGAACAAUUAGCCAGAUUGCUGUUCUGCCCUGCAAGAACGUGCGCCAGCCUGGCUGGCAGGCACAAGACACCGUGGGGAAAACAGUAACCAUCAUGUUGUCUCUGAGUGGAGGCUACUGGUGGAGCAACAGGCUUUCCCUGAAAUGGAGAGAAGCUAGCUUGAUUGCCUGUUGGUUUUCAUUCUGUGCCGCAGAAUCUCUUGUUGCAUGUCCCUCCUCCUGCAAGUGCAACAGUGGUAUUCUGGAGGUGGACUGCAGUGGCUUGGGCCUUUCAUCCAUCCCUUUGGACAUUCCUACAAACACCAGGACCUUCCUUUUCCUCAACAACCAACUAAGCACCUUGCCAGGACAAGCUUUUUCCAAUUUCUCUGCUCUCCAGAGACUAGAUCUUUCCAACAAUUUCCUAGACCAACUUCCUGAAAACAUUUUCAGAGACCUUGUGAACCUCACUGAGCUACAGCUGAGGAACAACAGCAUCAGGAGCUUGGACAAGGACCUUCUGCAGAACACUGCUCUUCUGCGUCAGCUGGAUCUAUCCAUCAACGGCCUUGCUCAGAUCCCCCCUGGCAUCUUUGAUGACCUGCCCUCUCUGCGCUGGCUCUCCCUCAGGUCAAACCGCUUGCAGAAUUUGGACAGGGUGACCUUUGAGCCAUUAGUCAGCCUGCAGCAGUUGCAAGUGGGAGACAACCCUUGGGAAUGUGACUGCAACCUGAGAGACUUCAAAUACUGGAUGGAAUGGUUCUCUUACCGAGGAGGAAAGAUAGACCAGCUGGCAUGUACUUUGCCUAAGGAGCUGCGGGGCAAGGAUAUGCGCAUGGUGCCCAUGGAGAUGUUUAACUAUUGUUCUCAGCUGGAAGAUGAAAACAGCUCUACUGUGCUGGACAAUAUUGGGCCCCCUUGCACUAAAGGAAGCCCAACUGCCCCCAAACCUAAAACAAGCCCAGAAGCAGAAGAGGAGACCAGCGUGGGUUGCCCCCAGAAACAAAGAUAUCGGCCAGUCAGUGUACGCCGGGCCAUUGGCACAGUCAUCAUAGCUGGGGUGGUUUGUGGCAUUGUAUGUAUCAUGAUGGUGGUGGCAGCGGCAUAUGGCUGUAUCUAUGCAUCCCUCAUGGCUAAGUAUCAUCGGGAGUUGAAGAAGAGACAGCCAUUAAUGGGCGACACAGAGGGUGAACAUGAGGAACAAAAGCAGAUCUCAUCUGUGGCAUGAAUCCCUUCUUGGAAACUAGUGACAGAAGAGAACAGGGUCCUAAAGCCUGGGCCUUCUCACACCUCCCCAGACAUGCAGAUGGGACUGUGCUGUUGUUCCAUUCACCCACUUAGUAAAAUAUGCUUCUGGGUUCAGGAUGCCUGGCUCUGGGUUCAGUCUCUCACACUUCCUUCUGCCCAUGUGUACUUCCAGCUGAAUAAACUGUAGUCAGACCUCAAGUGCUCAUCAUUUCUCCACUUUGCACAAAAUUCCCCAUUGAUGUUCAUAUCUAGGGAAACCCAGCCAACCUGGCACCCUCCCAUUUAUCUGCUCCAUUUCCCUUCUUAACUGCAUCACAGAAUCUUUUGCAAGAAAAAUGAGCGGCCGAACGGACCAGUUACGAAAGUGUCUAAAAUUCAUAGGUGGUGUCACUGAUAUUACCGCACAACAAUCUACUCCUUCCCAUCAGUUGUAUGGUUUAGAGAGGCCUAGUUUGCAACUGCUCCAAGACUGAUGCUAGGUCUAUAACUGAAUGCACUAUAGCCACAGGAAGCUUGACCUUUCUGCUUUUUAAACUAGAGAGGAAUUAAUAUGCUUUAAAUAAAAAAGACACAUUGUGAACACUCACUUUGGCAUCUAUCCUAGUCUACAAAAUAAAGGGUACAGACAAAUAAACAUAUUAAUGCAGGCCGAUCAUCCACACAUAUACACAAACCUAUUCCUGUGCACACCCCCGUUCUUUGCAAACCAUCUGUACAUUACUAUUUGCAGAGAGCUAAAAUAUAUGCCAGCUACCUCCUAAUAUGGACAAUAAUGCAUGAUUCCUGCAAUGAAGGGCAUUAAAAGGGCAUUUGAAAGUGAUAGGAGGUGAAGAAGUAGGAGUCACUAUGUUUAAAAGGACAGUUACUUUGGGAAGGCUAAUGUGCAUCCUUAGAAAAGGAAAACAUUUGUUUUUCGAAGAUAUUACAGUAUUAAUCUGAAAGGCUCUUACAGUCUUUGUGGCAGAAGUGGGUCUCCAGAAGGGAUUUAUGAGACCAACAGCCUUUCUGAUCUACUUAGAAAGGGUAUUUUGGGGACAUAGAUAAUAGCAGGGAGGAGUAUGGAAGUGGUUGUAGGGAAAUCACACACACUGAAGGUCAAAGCCAAAAUAAUUAGCGAGUGGUAUGUCUGGCCCUACCCAUGCAAUGAAAGAUCAGAUAGGGGAGGGCUGGGGAAAAUCAUUCAGAAUCAUGAAUGGGACACCAAGGAGUUGCAGUGUAAAAUCUGGGGGAAAGAGGAUGCAGUUCAAAGAUCUGUAAAUAUUGGUCAUACAUACAAACAUCUUUCUGACAUAAGCACAUCUGUAUGUCACUCAUGUAUGUGUGUAUACUGGGAACUCAUGCAAGAUUCCUAGUGAAAAAUAAGGGAGUACUACUUUUGUUCUGAGUAGCAUCUAUGCAUAUAAGACUCACAGGCACUCAGGCGCGUGCGCACACACGCACAGAUACACGAGCACUAGUAUGAGUGGUAUGCAUACUGAGACACAUUGAACAUUUGAAUUGCUUCCCAGGGUACCUUCCCCCACAUUGUUUUUGUUUUUGUUGUUGUUUUAAAUCCCACAGCCCCUUACAUUAGCUUCAUCCAUGUUCAAACUGAUGGCAGGGAGGGGGAACCAACAUAAGGACUCAUUUUAUAUCUCUGAAUGUGGGAUAAAGUGCUGUCUCCAGGGGAGAGCACAUAUUGCCAUGGUAACCUGCUCUAGCCCGUCACAGCGGGUAUUCCUGGGAUAGGAAGAUGACACGAGAGGUCGUGCAGCCGCAGUUUUUGUGGAUACUCUGAUCCUUGCAGUCAUGAAACAACUUGGCAGCUGGCCCAGAUUCCAAGGUAUCCCUCCAGCACCUGAGGAGCAGAGCCCAGCAAUCACCUUAGCUGGGCUUGAAUCAGGUCAUUGAAUGAUGUUCCUCCUCCUUUUGCUGUAUUUUGAAACCUCUGGAUGAUCUGUGGUUCUUUCCUUAGUUGCUGCUGCUAGUUCUGAGGGGAGGCAACACUCACUUUCCUUUCAAUUCAUCCCCAAAUCCCAUCAGCAAGCACGGACACUGUGAAGGACUCAAGAUUAUAUCUUGGGAAUGACAAUUCUACUCGCCUCCAUCCUGUAAGCAAAGAACUACUGCAUCCAGAGAGAUGGAAUAAACCUCACGCAGAAGAGACAGUGUGGCAGAAACAUUUCCCGUCAAGCAUUAGGGAGGAGACUGGAGAUGGGACUGGACUUUGGCCUCUCAUUUUAUGCAUUGUGUGGAGAUGGCCAGCCAUCAAGACAAAGGACAUAUUCCAAGAGAGGAGGAUAGACUCUCACUAUUGUACCAUGUAGGUAUUGUAUUUCCUCCAGGCACCCAGCCCCACUUCUGCUUUAUCCCAGACUGAUGGGCAAAACUGGGGUACUAAAGAUUCCAGCCAGAAGUGAGUGUGUGAGUGUGUGUGUGUGUGUUGCUCCUACUAUGUAUACCCAGCAAACCAGCAUGAGCACUCUGCCUGCUGGAUAGAAAACUCCAACCUUGCUAUCUCUUAUAAUCUUCCCAAAGGAACUUACCUCUGUAACAUACUGGACAGCACAAUCAUACUUGAAAUGGGACUUAUGUCAGAGCCGUAUAUUUAUAGAUAUCUAUUUUACUUCUAAGAAAUGAUGAAAUGAUGACACAAAGUGAACUGUGUGUGCAUGUGUGUUUAGGGGAUGAGAAGAACCAGGAAGUGAAAAUUAGAAAAGGAUAGAGGGGAAAGCCCCCUUCCUCUUCCCAUCCCCUAUUCCCACCUUUGACAGGUUUCCUUCUGAUGCCAACAACAUUUUCUGUUUCCCAUGUUGUGAGUUUAAUUACAACUUUAAACUUUGUUCUGAUUUUUUAUUGAUAUGGCACAGGAUUGGCCCUGAUACUUCCAAGUUUAGCAAUGCUUUCCUCUCUGGAAAGAGGAAGUAAGUGAAGGGGGAAUGAAGAUAGUUCUGGAGAAAAUCAGGAGUGGUGGUGGUGGUGGUUGAAUAUUGGAUGGUCCCAAAGAAACUGGAGCACUGGGAGUACAAUGGGAUACUGAGAAUAAGAUGCUGUUGAGUGACAAUAGAACGCAAUAAGCCAAUCUGGGGAACAUCCUUUUUAUCUUACUGGGAAACUGUGCCUUCAUCUAUGAUCCGAAGGUCUGGUCUCUGGAACGUACAUUAUGCAGCAUUCUGGCCCUAGCUCUAGGACCCACUAGUGGCCCCCAGAAUAUAUGCAAAAUAUCAGGUGAUGGGUGAGAAAAUUUGUUUGCAGCUCAUCAUCUAGGAUGGUCAAGCUGUAUGUGUUGUGAAAAGUCUGAAUUUACAGAAUUCACAUACUUAUUCUGCCUGAAAAGAAGUUCACCAAUAAAACACUGGAACUAGGAAGAUAUACUCCUUAACAACACAGCUCUUCACAGAGUCAGUAUCCUCUUCCUAUUGGAUAGAAAUCAGCAUGUAUGACUGUCCCAUGUAGAAGACCAAAAUACUCAAAGAAGUGCAUGGUUGUGUCAAUGCUACCUUAAGGAGAUUAUUCGGGAGUUCAGCAAUUUGCCACCAGUGUCAGCAUGCGUAUAUACAAUCCCAUAGGAAGUUUUCACAAUGGCACAAGGAAUGCAGGUUUUGUAUUAAUUUAGCUAAGUUUCAUACUUGCAAACACUGUUGUUAGGGGGUCUAACAUGAGAAGCUAGCUUUAUAGAUCUGAAUGGGGAAUCCUCAAUAUUUAAUUGUCCAUCUGUUUAUUUCUAAUAAUCCCAUUGAAGUUUGUGUUUCUCUGUAUGUAUGAACAAAGCAGGUCUUGAAAACAGAUGCCCUCAUGACAUCACUGCAAACUAAACAGCCUGGCUCUCCUAUGGGCUUAAUCUGACCCAAUCAUAGAAGUCUGGAAUAUGAUUAGAAAUGUGAAAAUGCUGCAAUAUGAACAUUCAUAAUGCAUGUGCUUGUGAUGUCAUUGCAGAAAUUUGCAUGCAUGAAAUUUAAAUAAGGAUUCUGCAUCAUUUGUGAAAACUCCUGUGGUAUAAAUGGACUACUUCAGAUUAUCAAGUACAGCCAGCAAACUGCUAAGGAGAGGCUACCCUAACAAACAGUGGUUCUUGAAUGCUGCUUGGAAGUCAUAAAGGAGGAUAAUUAAUUCUACCAGUAAAGGUGGAUAUAGACAGGAAAUUUGCAUUCUUGCACUGGUAGUCAAAAUAGCAUUAUAGUACUCUGGUACAGUCAGAAUGACCUAGGAAAACAGAGGGAGGCACAGUUCCUGCAGGCUGCGAGGGGAAGACAGAUGGCACAUACAAUCUUUUUUCUUUCUGUUAAGAGUUUAAGGGACAGCGGCAAGAUUUUUUUUUUUUAAGCUGAAAGUAUAUUAUAUUUCUGGUUUGUUGUUUUAGAAGAAGAAUAAAGAAUGUAUUUUCCUAUGCA